AAGAGGUAGUAGCUAGCUAGCAGGUGCCCAAGUAUAAAAUUGUUCGAAUUGAAGUCGGAGUAGUAUUUUAAUUAUUGUGAAAUAUAAUGGGGUGUGACCAACAUAGCUUCCUCUGCGCCGCCGUCGCAAUCCUCCUCGCCGUCUGCACCGCCGGCAGCAUCUCUUCGGCAUCUGAGGCGACAUGCGAUGGCUGCUUCCACCACGCCAGAGUCUCUCUGUUUUCCAACGCUUCUGCCCUCAACUCUGGUGCUUGUGGAUAUGGCUCCAUGGCUGUUGGUUUCUACGGUGGACGAAUUGCAGCAGCCUCCCCAAAACUCUACAAGGAUGGCGCUGCUUGCGGUGCAUGUUUUCAGUUAAGAUGCAAAGACCAUAUUGUGUGCAAGAAAGAAGGGACGACAGUAAUGGUAACUGAUUAUUAUGUUAACGCCAAUGCCCAAACCCAUUUCGUGAUAAGCAGUAGAGCUCUCAUGGCCAUGGCUGCUGCUGAUGCUGCCGGCAACAGCAAAAAGGACCAACAACAACGACAACACCUUUUUGACACUCUCCUCGACCACGUCGAAUAUCAACGGGUGCCUUGUGAUGAAUAUAAGAGCAGGAAUUUAGCCAUCCGCGUUGACGAGAGCAGCCAGAAGCCUAAUCGCCUUGCCAUUCAGUUCCUAUACCAAGCCGGCCAGACCGAAAUUGUGUCCGUCGACGUAGCAGCAGCAGCAGCAUCAGGUCGUCGUCAGGUGGGGUCGCCCAAUUGGAUGUAUAUGAGCCGCCGUAAACAGCUGCAGGGAGGAGGUGCCGCUGCCAUUUGGGAGACGGUUGGGGCGCCCCCGCCGAGCGGGGCGUUGCAAUUCCGGUUCGUGGUGACGGCGGGGUACGACGGCAAGUGGUAUUGGGCUAAUAAAAAGGUGUUGCCGUGGGACUGGAAAAACGGGGGGAUAUAUGACACGGGAUUGCAGGUCACGGACAUAGCCCUAGACGGCGGCAGCGGCUGCUCUCAAACGUGUGAUGACCACCACCACCACCACGCUGCUGGCCACCACUAGACACGUAAGCACGCACUAGAGUUCGUAGAAGUUUCUCCUUCCUUAAUUAUUAAGCUGGCCGGCCGUGUAGUUAAUAAUGAAAAAGCUGCUCCUGUGAUUAUUUAAAGAAAUAUACUCUACUCCGGUAUAAUGUAUGUAUCCUGUUGUUAUUUUUUCCCAAAAUACUGACGCGUGCGGCGAUCAGAUAAGGCCUGUACCGAAUAAUUGUUUGAUUCUUACGUGGACAUAAACAAUAAUAAAACCAUGUGUUA